AUGACCAGGACCCGCUGUCCUGCCACAUCCGUGUCCCCAAGGCAGAUCCCGGAUGUCCCAUUGCCUUCUCCCAGGCGCUGGUGCCAGCGCACGGUGCUGGUGACGGAGCAGGAGGAGGUGACGCCGCGGCGCGAGGCCGCCGUGCCGUGUCCCAGUUUGUACCAGUACAGCCUGGCCGGGUGGCGGCUGGACCGGGACCGCACGCGCCGGGAACGCGGGAAUUCCCCCGGGGACACCGGCACCGACCCCGCCCUCUGCUACAUCUACCGCCCCCCGGAGAUGCAGCCGGUGGUCCGGAACCGCACGGAGCGUGGCUGCUGUCCCGGCUGGAGCGGCGCCCGCUGCACUGAGGGCCCCGGCUCCCUGGGCCGCUGUUUCAGCGCGUGGCAGUGCCAGGACAGCGCCGGUGGCCACAACGGCAGCGCCAUGAGCCGCGCCGAGUGCUGCCAGCACCCCUGGGGACACAGCUGCCUGCCCCUGGGCGGGGACGGGGGGUCCCCGCGCCACCGCAGCCCCCCGGCCACGUGCCAGGCCUGGGCAGGGACGCGGUUCCGCACCUUCGACGGGCGGCACUUCGGCUUCGGGGGCACCUGCCGGUACAGCCUGGCCACCGCCACCGACGGCACCUGGGACGUCACCAUCGGCCUCGGACACCCCCGGGUGCUGCACAUGACCUUUGGGACGGACACGGUGGUGGCCGAGGGACGGAACGUGUCGGUGAACGGGGCAGCGGUGCCCGAGGGACGCCCCUACCUGCACAAAGGGCUCGGUGUCACCUGGCCAGGUGACUGGGUGGCCGUGGCCAGCAGCCUGGGCGUGCGGGUGGCCUGGGACAGGCACCUGGCAGUGACAGUGACAGCGGAGCCUGAGCUGCGCGGUGGCACCUGGGGGCUCUGUGGCACCUACACCGACGACCCUGCAGAUGACUUCGUGCGCCCUGACGGGGACAUCGCCGCCAUCGCCGCCGCCUUUGGCAACGCCUGGAAGGUGCCAGCGGCUGGCACAGAGGUGGACCCCAGCGGGUUCUACGCAGCGUGUGUGGCACUGCUGUGCGGGGACGGGGACUCCGUGUCACCCCCCGGUCCCCUGCCAUCUCCCGGUCCCCUGUCACCCUCCGUGCCACCCCCCGGUCCCCCGUCCCCCGCCGCCUGCGACACCUUCGCCGCCUACGCCCGGGAGUGCUCCCGCCGCCAGCUCCACGUCCCCUGGCGCCGUCCCGGCUUCUGCGAGCGCCGCUGCGACGCGGGGCAGCGCUUCUCGGACUGCGUGUCGCUGUGCCCGGUCACCUGCGCCACGGCGGGCAGCGCCGAGCAGGGGACGUGCCACCGCCACUGCCACGGCGGCUGCGAGUGCGGCCCGGGGCUGGCCCGCGACGGGGCCACCUGUGUCCCCCCCGCCGCCUGCCCCUGCCACCACCGGCGACAGCGCUACGAGCCCGGCCAGAGCAUCCGCCAGCGCUGCAACAACUGCACGUGCGAGGCCGGGCGCUGGCGCUGUGACCAGCAGCGCUGUCCGGCCGAGUGCGCGGUGCUGGGGGGACGUCACUUUGUCACCUUCGACCGCCGCCGCUUCUCCCUGCCCGCCGCCUGCGCCCACACCCUGCUGGAGGACUUCGUGGCGGGGCGGCUGCUGAUCACAGCCGAGCACGAGCCCUGUGCCAGCCACCGGCCCCUGGGCUGUCCCCGCUCCCUCACUGUCACCACCAGCCGCACCACGGCCCGGCUGCACGGCACAGGGGAGGUGACAGUGGCCGGGCGGGAGGUGACGCUGCCCUUCUCCGGUGCCGAGCUGAGCAUCCGCCGCGCGUCCUCGGCCUUCCUGCACCUGCAGGUGCCCGACGCCCACCUGCUCUGGGGCCUGGGGACCCCCGACACCUUCAUCACCCUGCAGCCCGCCAUGGCCGGCACGGUGCGUGGGCUCUGCGGGACUUUCAACGGGGACCAGCGCGACGAGUUCACGACUCCGGAGGGGGACGUGGAGCCGGGAGUCGCCGCCUUCGCCAACGCGUUCCGGGCGGCCGGAGCGUGCCCGGCGCUGGGCCCCGCCAUUCCCCAUCCCUGCCACGGCUUCCCGGGGGGCCGGGAGCGCGCCGAGGCCGCCUGCGCCGUGCUCAUGGGGCCGGCAUUCCAGCCGUGUCACCGCGUGGUGGAUCCCGAGCCGUUCCUGGAGCUGUGCCGCUGGGACGUGUGUUCCUGCCGGGAGCAGGAGCGGCUCCGGGAGCGCUGCCUGUGCCCGGCGCUGGGCGCCUACGGCCGGGAAUGCGCCCGGGAGGGGACGGAGCUGGAGUGGAGGAACCGGAGCCUCUGCGACGAGCCGUGUCCCGGGGGGCAGCAGUACCGGGACUGUGGGGGUCCGUGUGGCCGUUCCUGCUCAGAGCCCCCCAACGCCAGUGACUGUCCCCCUCCGGACACCCUCUGCGUCCCCGGCUGUCGCUGCCCCCCGGGGCUGCUGCUGGCCCAGGGGGGCCAGUGUGUCCCCCCUGCCGCCUGCCCGUGUCCCCGCGGUGCCCGCCUGUACCCCCCCGGCGCUCGCAUCCGCCGCGGCUGCCAGGCCUGUGUGUGCACAGGGGGGUCGUGGCGCUGCGCCCCCGCCCCGUGUCCCCCCGCCCCGCGCUGUCCCCCGGGGCUGCUGCACGCUCCGGGCUCCUGCCUGCGCCGCUGCGACCCCGCCGAGCCCUCCGGCACCUGCGGCGGCCCCGCCGACGGCUGCGUGUGUCCCCCCGGGACCCUGUUCCUGGGCGGGCGCUGCGUGUCCCCGGACGAGUGUCCCUGUCACCACGGCGGGCAGCUGUACCCGCCCAACGCCACCAUCGCCCGCGACUGCAACACCUGCGUGUGCCAGGGACAGCGGUGGCACUGCGGGCGCGAGGAGUGCGCGGGGACCUGCGUGGCCACGGGGGACCCGCACUACGUCACCUUCGAUGGCCGCGCCUUCACCUUCGAGGGGGACUGCGAGUACCUGCUGGCGCGCGAGGCCACCGGGCUCUUCGCUGUCACCGCAGAGAACGUCCCCUGCGGUGCCACCGGUGUCACCUGCACCAAGUCCGUGGUGGUGGCCAUGGGCAACACCGUGGUGCACAUGCUGCGGGGGCGGGAGGUGACAGUGAACGGGGUGGCCGUGCGACCCCCCAAGGUGUUCGGGGGGUCGGGGCUGGCGCUGCAGCGCGCGGGGCUCUUCCUGCUGCUCCUCACGCGCCUGGGGGUGGCCGUGCUGUGGGACGGAGGGACCCGCGUGUACGUGCGCGUGUCCCCGCGGCUGCGCGGGCGCCUGGCCGGGCUCUGCGGGAACUUCGACGGCGACGCCGAGAACGAUUUUGGGAGCCGGGACGGGGCCCUCGAGGCGACCCCCGAGAUCUUCGGGGACUCCUGGCGCCUCAGCCCGCUGUGCCCCGAGGCCGACGGCCACCGCCCGCACCCCUGCGAGGAGAGCCCCCAGCGCUCGGCCUGGGCGCGGGGUCGCUGCGGGGUCCUGCAGCACCAGCUCUUCGCCCCCUGCCACGACCUGGUGCCCCCCCAGCGCUUCUACGAGUGGUGCCUGUUCGACGCCUGCGGGUGUGACAGCGGCGGGGACUGCGAGUGCCUGUGCACGGCCCUGGCCGCUUACGCCGAGGAGUGCGGCCGGCGGGGGAGACCCCUGCGCUGGCGGAGCCAGGGGCUGUGCCCCCUGCAGUGCGAGGGGGGGCAGGAGUACAACCCCUGCGGCCCCCCCUGUCCCCCCACCUGCCGCGACCUCGGCCGGGACCCCCCCGAGCUGUGCGGGGCUCUGGGCUGCCUCGAGGGCUGCUUCUGCCCCCCCGGGCGGGUCCUGCACGACGGGCUGUGCGUGGAGCCCCCCGCCUGUCCCUGCUUCUGGGACGGCUUCGCCUUCCCGGCCGGGGCCACCGUGACCCAGGGCUGCAGCAACUGCACGUGCCUUGAGGGGCGCUGGCAGUGUCCCCCGAGCCCGUCCCCGUGUCCCGCCGCCGCCGGCUGCGCCCCGUGGGAGUUCCGCUGCCGGGCCGGGGGUCUCUGCGUGCCGGGCGCGUGGCUCUGCGACAAUGAGGACGACUGCGGGGACGGCUCGGACGAGCUGUGCGACCCCCCCUGCGCCCCCCAGCAGCCCCGCUGUCCCGGGGGGCGCUGCCUGCCCUGGGGGGCCCGAUGUGACGGUGUCACCCACUGUCCCGACGGCUGGGACGAGGCGGGGUGUCCGGACCGGCCCUGCGCCCCCCCCGAAUUCGCCUGUGCCGGGGGUCGCUGCCUCCCCCCCGCCCGGGUCUGCGACGGGCGGCUCGAUUGUCCCCCCGGGGACGACUCGGACGAGGCGGGCUGCGCCCCCCGGUGCGGGCCGGGGCAGUUCAGGUGCGGGGGGGGCCGGUGUGUCCCGUACCCCCAUCGCUGCGACGGCCGCGACGACUGCGGGGACGGCAGCGACGAGAGCGGCUGCGGCUGCCCCGAGGGGCACCUGCCGUGCCCCGGGGGGGGCUGCCAGCCCCCCGCCGCCCUCUGCGACGGCCACCGCCACUGCGACGACGGCGCCGACGAGGCCAAUUGUCCCGGGCGGGCCACCUGCGCCCCCGGGACGGUGCCCUGCCCCGACGGCUCCUGCGUGGCGGAGGUCGCCGUGUGCGACGGCGCUCGCGACUGUCGCGACGGCUGGGACGAGAGCCCGGCGGGGUGCGCGGUGGCGCUGCCCCCCGCGCCGCUGUCACCUGUCACCGCUGUCACCGCUGUCACCGCUGUCACCGCCACUGUCACCGCUGUCACUGACACUGUCACCGCUGUCACUGACACUGUCGCCGACACCGUCACCGCUGUCACCAGGGCCAUCGGCACUGUCGCCAACGCUGUCACUGUCAGUGACACUGGCACUAUCGCCGACACCGUCCCCGACAUCGCUACUGCCACUGCCGCUGUCGGGGACAUUGUCACUGUCGGGGACAUUGUCACUGUCCCCGACCCUGUCCCCGUCACCGCCAACGCCUCGGCAGCGCCGUGUCCGCCCCGGUCCCUGCGCUGCGACAGUGGCGGCUGCGUCCCGCGGGGGUGGCGCUGCGAUGGCGACAGCGACUGUCCCGAUGGCAGCGACGAGGGAGGCUGCGAGCCCCCGUGCGCCCCCGGCCACCUGCCCUGCGCCCCCGCCUGCGUCCCCCCGAGCCGCCUCUGCGACGGCGUCCCGCACUGUCGCGACAGCGCCGAUGAGAGUCCCCAGCUGUGCGGUGAGACCCCCGGGAUCCGUCUCUGGGGACGUCUGAAGGGGGGAGGUCUGGAGGUCCCUCCCGUGUCGCCCGGGGACCCCCCGAGUCCCCUGCGGACCCCUCAGACCCCUCCUGUCCCCCCAGAGUCCCCCGGCCCCGGGAGCAGCCCGGCGGGUCCCUGCCCAGAGUUCGACUGCGGGGACGGGGAAUGUGUCACCUUCCACCAGGUGUGUGACGGGGUGCGGGACUGCGGCUCGGCUGGGGACGAGCGGGACUGCGGCCUUUGGGGUCCCUGGGGUCCCUGGGGGUCCUGCAGCCGCCCCUGCGGGCCCGGGGGGCAGCGCCGCACGCGGGGGUGUCACCAGAGUCACCCCGGGCUGCUCCGGGCGUGCCGGGGGCCGAGCCACCAGGAGAGACCCUGCUUCCACCGGGCCUGCCCGGUGGACGGCGCGUGGGGCCCGUGGGGACCCUGGUCCGAGUGCCCGGGGGGCUGCGGGGGGGUCCGGCUGCGUAGGAGGGGGUGCCAGCCCCCCCAAAACGGCGGCCGCGCCUGCGAGGAGCUGCCCGGGGGGAGCCCCGGAGCCCUGGAGAUGGGGGGGUGCCCCAACGCCUCGGAGUGCGCCGAGGGGCUGCGCCCCCUCCCCUGCGCCCCCUGCCCCGCCUCCUGCGCCGACCUGGCGGCCGCUGUCACCUGCCCGCAGCCCCCGCCCUGCCGCCCAGGGUGCUGGUGCCCGGCGGGGCAGGUUCUGGACGCCCCCGAGCCCGGCGCGGGGGCCGCGGGCUGCGUGCGGCCGCGGGAGUGCCCGUGCCGGGCCGGGGGGCGCAGGUACCCCCCGGGCGCGCCGGUGCCGCUCGGAUGUCGCCUCUGCACCUGCCUCGAGGGACACCUGCGACACUGCCGCCCCCACCCCGGCUGCUCAGUGGACUGCGGGUGGUCGUCGUGGUCGCCGUGGGGCGCGUGCGCGGGCCCCUGCGGGACCCCCGGCGUGCAGUGGUCGUUCCGCAGCCCCUCGAACCCGGCCCGGCGCGGGGGGGGCCGGCACUGCCGCGGCAUUUACCGCAAGGCCCGACGGUGCCACACGGCGCCGUGCCGGCGGUGCCAGGAGCGGGGCCGGUGGCGCGUCCCCGGCGAGCGCUGGCGCGGGGGCCCCUGUCAGGUGUGCCAGUGCCUGCCAGGUGGGGCUGUCCGGUGUGUCCCCUACUGUCCCCUCCGCGACUCCGACUGUCCCCAGGUGAGCGAGGGGCGCGGUGGAGGGCGGGAUGAGCCGCAGGUGACAGUGACGGUGACGCUGCCGGUGUCCCCAGGGCCAGGUGACAACGCCACGGCCACCCCGCCCGGGAUGGUGACAGCGCUGUCCCCGCCCUCGCCGGCCGAGACCCCCGCCAGCCCCGGCCCCACGGCCGGGCCCGAGGGGCCGCCCAGCUCCCCCACGUCAGAAUGGCCCGGAAGCGCCGAGACCCCCCCGGAGCCCCCCGGGGGCACCCCCAGAACCGCGACCCCGCCCGAGGACACCUCGAGACCCCCCGGAGGCCCCACGACCCCCCACGAGCCCCCACAACUCCCUGUGUUGCCCUCACUGGCUCCCACGGGGGUCCCCGCCGCGACCCCCCAAGGCUGUGCCCCCCCGGCCUGGGGGGGGUGGGGGUCCUGCAGCCGCUCCUGUGGGGUGGGGGUCGCUCUGCGGCGCCGGAGGGAGACCCCGGCCGAGGGGGGCUGCGCCCGCCCCCCCAACAUCGACAGCCGCGUCUGCUUCCUGCGAGCCUGCCCAGUCGCGGGCGGGUGGGCGCCAUGGGGGUCCUGGAGCCCGUGCGACGCCCCGUGCGGGGGGGGACAGCAGAGCCGCCGCCGCAGCUGCAGCGACCCCCCCCCAAAAAACGGGGGGCGGCCGUGCGAAGGAGGGGCCCUGCAGAGCCGGCCCUGCAACCUGCGGCCUUGCGGGGACCCCCCAGCCUGCCCCCCCGAGAUGCUGCUGGUACCCCCGGGGGGGUGCGAGGAUCUGGGGGUCCCCCCCUGCCCCCCCACCUGUGCGGACCUGAGUGGGAACAGCUCGUGCCCGGGGAGCUGCGAGGAAGGCUGCCGCUGCCGGCCCGGGCUGGUCCUGCAGGGGAGCGGCUGCAUCGAGCCCGGGUACCCCAAAACCCCGCUGUACCCCAGCCCCCCCAUAACCCAGACACCCCUGUACCCCAAAUCCCACCUCGCUUGUGGGGUCCCUGCGGGGGUGUUGGGGGGGGACCCCGGGAAUCGGGGCCCCCCUGAAUCCUGCGGGUGGUCGCGCUGGACCCCCUGGACCCGCUGUGACUGUGACACCGGGACCCGGCAGCGCUUCCGGUCUCCCACCAACCCCGCGGCCGCGGCGGGCGGUGCCCCCUGCACCGGCCCCCCCCGAGAGGUUCGGGGCUGUCCCGAGCUCUGCGGAGCCGGUAAGUGCCAGGAUCCCCCCGAGACCCCCGAGCUGGGACCCCCGAGUGCCACCGCGGCCCCUGGAGCGCCUCGUGCCCGUCUGUCCCCAGAGCCCGGGAGCGCGGGGCCACCUGGGGCCACCGAGGAGCCCACCGAGGUCCCGGGGUCCCCGCAGUCGCCGUGGGGCACAGAGACCCCAGAGUCCCCAGGGUCGCCGUGGCCCCUGGAGCCGACGUGGGGCACGGAGUCGCCGUGGGUCCCAGAGCCCUCGGACCCCGCUCAUGGCCAGCGGUGGCCGUGGGGCACGGAGUCCCCGGGGGUGCCGGUGUCGCCGCGGGGCACAGAGCCCGCCCAGUCCCCCGAGCCGCCGGUGGCCGCCCGUGGCCAGUGGUUGCCGUGGGGGCCCUGGGGUGGCUGCAGUGCCCCGUGCGGGGGGGGCGAGCGCUGGCGGCGCCGGAGCUGCGGGACCCCCCCGUGCCCGGGGCCGGCACUGCAGAGCCAGAGCUGCCACAGCCACGUGUGUCGCGGGCCCGAGGAGGAGGCGGGGGGGUUCCCGGCGGUGCCGGAGGUGCCGUGGGGGCCGUGGGGGCCGUGGGGACCCUGCAGCCGCACCUGCACCCACCCGGAGACCCCCGCGAGCCGGAGCCGCCGCCGGGACUGCGAGGGGGGAAACUGUGGGGCGGGGGGCAGCACCCAGAGCCGGGCCUGCAACCUGCCCCACUGCCAGGCUCCUCCCUGCCUGACGCCCCCCUGCCCGUGCCAGUGGAGCCCCUGGGGGCCCUGGGGGUCCUGCUCGAGGCCCUGCGGGGGGGGGCAGCAGCGGCGGCUCCGCGCCUUCGCCCCCCCCGGCCCCGGGGACCCCUGGUGCCCCCAAAUCCUGGGGGGCCACGAGCAGCGGCGGCCGUGCGGGGUGACGUGCCUGGACUCGGGGGGGCACCUCUGGGUGCCGGGGGGGGGCGGGCACCCCCGGGGCUGCCAGAACUGCACCUGCGCGGGGGGGCGGCUGCGCUGCGUGCCCGGGGGGUGUCCCCCCCCAACCUCCACACCCGGGACCCCCCCCGGGACCCCCCCGUGCACCUGGAGCCGCUGGAGCCAGUGGGGAGCCUGCAGUGUCACCUGCGGGGGGGGACGGCAGGAGCGGUACAGGACUCCCAUCCCCCCCGAGGGCGCGGGGGGAGCCUGCGGGGCCCCCCAGGAGCAGGUUCGGGGGUGCGAGGAGAGCCCGUGCCCCCCUCUGUGCCCCUGGGCGGGGGGCGAGCGGGGGCUGGGCGAGCGCUGGAGCCCCGGGCCGUGCCGGCAGUGGGGGUCACACAAGGCGUUGGGUGGUUCUGGAGGGGUCCUGGGGGUUCUGGAGAAUUCGGGGGGAUGGUGGGGGGGUCCUGAGGGUCCCGGUGACCCUGACGUCCCCCCAGAACCGUGUGACUGGAGCCCCUGGGGGCCCUGGGGACCCUGCGGAGACCCCUGUGUGGGGGGGUCCCGCCUGCGCCACCGGCACCCCCUGAACCCGGAGACCCCCGGGCGGGCGUGUGCGGGGGUCCGGACCCAGAGCGAGAGCUGCAGCUCCACCAGCUGCCCAGAUCCGGGGUGCGGCGGGGGGGGCCGGACCCGCAGCCCCUGCGCCGGGCGGUGCCCCCGGACCUGCGCCGACACCUGGGCACAGGUGCUGUGUCUGCAGGGACCCUGCGAGCCAGGGUGCCGCUGUCCCCCCGGGCAGCUGCUGCAGGACGGGAACUGUGUCCCCCUGAGCCGCUGUCGCUGCGGGACCCCCGGAGGGGACAACGGGACCCGCGAGGUGACCCCGGGGACCGUGACACAGAUCGGGUGUCACAACUGCACCUGCGGGAACGGGACCUGGAGCUGCCCAGGGCUGGCGUGUCCCUCCCCGGGGCCCGCGACACCCGCGAUCCCCCUGUCCCCCCUGUCCCCCGCAUACCCCGUGUCCCCUCUGUCCCCCGCCGUGUCCCCCUGGUCCCCCUGGUCCCGCUGCUCCCGCAGCUGCGGCGGCGGGACCCGGACGCGGCACCGGCAGUGCCCGGAGGAUCCCGGGGCGGGGUCGCGGUGCGGGGACAGCCCCGGGGAGGAGACGGCGCCGUGUAACCCCCAGGAGUGCCCCGGCUGCCCCCCGGGCGAAGUAUGGCUGGACCCCGGCCCCGCCUGCGAGCGCAGCUGCCAGGACCUGGCGGAGCCCCCCGGGACUUGCGGGGGGACCCCCGCGACCCUCGGAACCUCCGGAUCCCCCGCGACCCCCGGAACUCCGGACACGUCCAGCACCCCCGCGACCCCCACGGUCCUCGGCACUCUCGGGACCCCCUCGUUCCCCCCGCGCUGCGCCUGCGCCCCUGGCCGGUACCGGAACGGCUCCGGGCAGUGCGUGAGCGCGGGGAGCUGCGGGUGCCGGCACCGCGGGGCGCUGCGAGCGGCCGGCAGCGAGUGGCAGGAGCAGUGCGGGACCUGUCGCUGCUCCGAGGGACGCGUCACCUGCGCCACCUCCUGCCCCGCGCUCACCUGCCCGGAGGUGAGGGGCUCCGGGGGCGGUGCGGGGGGCGCGGGGGGGUCCCCGAGGGCAGGGCCUGAGCCUGGGGGGUCCCUGCAGGGCACGGAGCCGGUGCGGGAGCCCGGGAGCUGCUGCCCCGUGUGCCGGGACGAGUGGCCAGAGGAGCCCCCCGGGCCGUGCCGGCUCCUCACGGCGCUCCGGACCAUCGCCAAGGGCGCGUGUGUCCUGCGGGGUGUCCGUGUCACCUACUGCGCGGGGGCGUGUCGCUCCCGCACGGCCGUCAGCGCCCAGGAGCCGUACGUGCGGUCUCUGUGCGAGUGCUGCAGUUACCGGCUGGACCCCGCCCGGCCCGUGCGGGCGCUGCUCCUGCCCUGCCCCCGCGGCCGCCCCCGGCCCGCGCUGCUGCCCCGCAUCGCCGAGUGCCACUGCGAGCCCUGCCGGGGUGCGGGGGGACUGGGGGGACCGUAG